CUACAUAGAGAGCAGAACAUGAAGUACUUGUGUUGGAUCUUACUGACCACUUCAGUGCUAGGUCAAUUUAGCAAAGAGCUCUACCGAAACCUUGUGCAGGAUAACAAUCAACAGAACAUAAUUGCCUCGCCUCUCUGUGUUGAGAUUGGAAUGAGCAUGAUCCUCAUGGGAGCGAAAGGAAAUACAUCCAAUGAACUAAGGACGGCUCUGAAUCUUCCACAGGAUAAAAAGGAAGUAGCUACCAUAUACGAUGCGCUUUUGACCAAACUCGAAAAGCGCAAGAAGGUAGCCAUUCUCCAUUUGGCGAAUCGCUUGUUCGUCAACGAAACAAUUGGUGUUAACGAGCGCUACAAUAAACUGGUUAAUAGGUACUUUAGGGCCGAGGCAGAGGCUAUUAAGCUGGCCGAUCGAUCAAAGGCAGCCUGGAUUAUAAACGAUUGGGUGCUCGACCAGACACUGGAUAAUGUGAAAGCUAUUAUGACACCCAGUGAUCUGGCGCCCGAUGAAAGUGCGGUCAUGAUCAACGCAGCUUUCUUCAAGGGCUACUGGAAGACAAGAUUCGAAAAGAAGAACACCGAGCCCAAGACAUUCUAUGUAUCCAGAGUACACAGAACAAAGGUCCAUAUGAUGUCUCAAGUGGGUCGAUUUAAAAUGCGUACUUCUUCCUUUGACCAAAUUAUUGAGCUGCCUUUCGCAUACUCAAACCUUUCAAUGGUAAUCGUUCUGCCCAAGGACAUUGUGUCGCUAAAUCAGGCAGAAGCCACACUCGAAAGUUACUUGCAGAUACACCUCACUGAAAUGGAUGUACAUGUGCAGCUUCCCAAAUUUAAAUUCGAUUUUCGCACAAAGCUCGUCGAGACUCUUAAAAGCAUGGGAAUAAAGGAGCUCUUCAACACUUCGUCGGAUAUCAGCCACCUACUGAACCAGGCAACGACCAGAAUCAGCCAAGUCGUACACAAAGCCUUUAUAGAGAUCGACGAAGAAGGCGCGUCCGCAGGAUCCGCAUCUGCAAGCCUCUUGCGAGGAUGGUCUGAUUAUCCGGCCAAUGUGGCUUCAGUCAGAGUCGAUAGACCCUUUGUCUUCAUGAUUCGCGAUAAUGACAACAUAUAUUUCCGUGGCCGCGUGGUUGACCCUUUGGAGAAGAGCCAACCCAUUAAUUACAUAUAAUGUAACGGGUAUCUGAUAGUCGAGAGCCCGGCCCAUGCGAUCUCCCUUGCUUUUAAAGUUUACUUAAACCUUGGUUGCGUAUAGUGAAUACCACGGAUACAAUAAAAGAAUAUUCCUGUCGUCCUUAACUAUA